ACUCUCCACACUUUCUCCUCGUCCACGCGCCGCAUCACACCAUACCACCGUUUCUACACGGCUCAUACUCCUGCCUUAUCCCUACCCAUGUCCCCACCCGGCAACCGCGGCCUCAGGUCUCGCAGGUCUUCCGUCCUCUUGGGCCGUCCCGCCAUCGUACUCUUAUUUUGACGUUCACUGACCUAAAUGUUCCUGUUCGCAGAUGACUUCGCACCUACCACCGAAGGACCGUAUCAGAAAAUCGACCAGGCAAAGAAGGACGUCAAGAACCUGUUCAAGCCCAAGUCAAAGAAGAGCACCAAGCCGGUGCUCAAGAAGAUCGAGGAGGAUGGCAAGCCCGGCGAGGUGAAGGCCGAUGACCAGAUGAAUGACAGCAUGUACAUCUGCCCGGUCGAGAUCGGGACGCCGCCGCAGGUGCUGAAUCUGCAUUUCGAUACAGGGAGUUCGGACUUGUGGGUGUGGUCCACCAAGCUCGACCCCAACACACAGAAGGCCGGCAAGGCCUCCGACCACAACAUCUUCGACCCGAAGAAAUCCUCGACCUUCAAGAACAUGUCCGGCGCCUCCUGGCGCAUCCAGUACGGCGACGGCUCCAAAGCCCAGGGCAAGGUCGGCACCGACGACGUCACCCUCGGCGGCCUCUGCGUCGAAAACCAGGCCAUCGAGCUCGCCGAGAAGCUCACGUCGGAGUUCACCAAGGGCGCGGGCGACGGCUUGCUCGGCCUCGCGUUCGGCAAGAUCAACACGGUGAAGCCGAAACCCGUGCAGACGCCCGUGGAGAACAUGAUCACGCAGGAGGACAUCUCGCACGACCAGGAGCUGUUCACCUGCUACCUGGGCAGCUGGCGAGACAAGGACGAAGAGGACCAGGGCGAGAGCUUCUACACGUUCGGCUACAUCGACGAAGACGUCAUCGCGCGCAGCGGCGGCGCUGACCCCUACUACGUCCCCAUCGACGCCUCCAAGGGCUUCUGGCAGUUCAAAUCCGAGUCCGCGACCGUGGGCGGCAAAACGAUUCCCCGUCCUGGCAACACCGCCAUCGCCGACACCGGCACCACGCUCGCCCUCGUCUCUGACUCGCUCUGCAAUGAAAUCUACAGCGCCAUCCCCGGCGCCAAAUUCGACCCCAAGCAGCAGGGCUGGGUGUUCCCGCUCAACACGCCCGCCGCGCAGCUGCCGACGGUCACGUUCGCGGUCGGCGACCGGCAGUUCGAGGUGCAGAAGGAGGACUUUGGGUUUGCGCGGUGCGGCGGCGGGAUGCAGUACGGGGGUAUUCAGAGCAGGGGCGCGAAUGAGUUUGAUAUCUUGGGUGAUACGUGGUUGAAGGCGGUUUAUGCGAUUUUUGACCAGGGGAGGAAGAGGUUUGGGUGCGUGCAGAGGGUUGAGGAGACGCAGAAUGUGGCGGCGCCGAAGUGAGGUUGGUGGUUGGUGGGUUUGGAGUAGUGAGAGGUUGUUGACCUAGUUGGUGUUGUUGAGGUGAUAGAUUGCAGUGGUUUUCUUCAUGCGCUCUUGUUGAUUCCUUGCGGUGGUUCUCCUAUGUUGACUCCGAAGCCACUAGGUAUAUGAGGAUUGUGAGGAUCAUAGACGUAGUGGUGGGCUUUCUCGGCGUGGUGCCUACGAGUAGACAUGGAUUGACUCUCCAGCAAAUUAUAGAUGAAGAUCG